AUGGCGGUUAUCCAUAAAAGAAAAAUGUCCGAACCACUGGAUGUGGCUGUGGUAGAAGCCUUCGAAGUAUGUUCAUCUGUUGACCUAUUUAGGAAAUACGAGUAUCCACCACCUGAUAACUUAAAAGUCUGUAAUCACCUUCUCGACAAAUAUGAGGAAGAAAUCGAAAUGCUAUUAAUGAAGAAAGUUGAGGAUCCUGAACAAAAGAUUUGCUUCGAACUUUCUAAAGCCUGCGGUGGAAAUACUACUGGCAAGGACUCAAAAUUAACCAGUGAAAAAAACAAUGAAAAUAAAGAUGAAUUAUAA